UCCUCAAGUCAAAAGACUUGCCGACAUUUCGAAUACCACUCUAUGUAUGGAUGUUACAUUAAUUACGUUCCGUUAAAUAAGAAAAACAUUCCACGCUCCCACAAAAAAACAUGAAAGUAAUCUGAAUAUAAUUGCGCAUCGUAAUAAAAAUAGCUUCAUAAAUCACAAUGUCAAACACAUCUCAACAAGUCUGAGCUCUCACACAACAUGGGAGAUAAGAUAACAGACGCGUCAGUAGUCAGUUACUUGCAGGCGAUGGACAACUUCGGGUACCGCGAGAUGGGGUGGCCUUCUCCCCAGCAUACGCCUGCCCAAACUACGCCCAUGAGGGCUGGAUUCCGAGGUAGCAGCGUCAGAUCGCGAGCACCAAGAGAACCUGAGGAAUUUCCAUUAAAUACCAACUACAAACAUGUCAGAAACAUCGACCUCUUGGAGUCAGCUCGAGAACCGUGGAAAGCGAAAGAGUAUCUCUUCGUCGGACCCUCACCACCAGCUGAAGAUGCUCCCAACAUGUACCACAGUUUCGAUGUCCUCGCUCCAGAUCCUGAGGCCAGGUUGACAGAAGAAGCGGCCCGAAGAAGCCUGUGUGAGAAAGCGUUGACACUUGGAGCUGCAAGAUUUUUCGAUGAUGUUGAGUGCGGUUUAAUAACAACGGAUAACAUCCAGGAACAUAUUUGUUCUGCUCCUGAAGUGGUUGUGAACAUGACGUUAUUGUGGGCUGCGUUACUUGCCAGGGAUGAACUAUUGCCAGCUAUUUUGGAAGCAGGCGCUGACAUUCACUACUCAGAACCAGAAGGUUUGACUGCUUUACAUCUCGCAGCAUUCAGUGGCGCAGGAAGAGCUGCCAUCUUCCUUCUUUCUCGUGGUGCUGAUGUUGACUUUGCGCCGAAAUAUUUCGCACCCCUACACUGCGCUGCGUUUGGUAAUUCUUUAGAAGUGGCUGAAAUUCUGAUUGCUAAUGGUGCUUCAUUACACGCUGUCGUGCAAAGGGCAGGAUGUGAGGAUAAUCUAGUGCAUUGUGCAGUUCGAGCUGAUGCUGUUGAGUGUAUGGAACUGUUUAUCGAGAGAGGUGUGGACCCAGCAUAUGUUACCUCAGGUGGAUUGAAUGCCUUACAUCUAGCCGCUGAACUUGGCGCACAAAGAUGUCUAUCGUAUUUACUGAAAGAGACAAAGAUAAGUGUAAACGGUGUAACUAAACAAAGAGAUAAGGAAUGUACAGCUAUACAUCUAGCAGCGGCGAGAGGGUACGCUGAAUGUCUAGAGCUAUUGUUAUCAGAGGGCGCAAAAGCAAAUACGAAGAAUUACAGGGGUUUUACCGCACUACAUCUUGCAGCUAGAUGCUCGAGCAUUGAAUGUGUUGAAGUGCUUCUUAGAGAUGGAAAUGCUGAUCCUAACGUUGAAGACUACGACAAACGCACACCACUUCAUGCAGCAAUUGGAAGAUCGGAGCGUGCCUGUGACAUCAUCGAUAUGCUUGUAAGUUGGGGAGCUCAAGUCAACAAAAAAGAUGAGUAUGGAUAUUCACCAUUGCAUUUAGCCGCUAUGGAUAAUUUGACUCAAUGUGUUGAGACUCUCAUAUUCCUCGGAGCUGAUGUAACUUCAAAAUCUAAGAAAGGACACACAGCUUUGAGUGUUAUUGCUAGGAAAACUCCAAAAUCAUUAGCGAUAUUACGACAUAAUCUUGAUUGUGGCAUUUCAUUAAAUCAACCGAGUGAAUCUAAUGAAGAAGUUCAAAUUGAAUUUGAUUUCGGUAGAAUGUUGAAAUUUUCUUAUCCGCGUGAGAUCACAUAUUUAAACAGUUUGAUAGAUGAAGGCCAAAAAGAUAUAUUACUACAUCCGCUUUGCUCUGCGUUUUUGUUUAUGAAAUGGAGGAAGAUAAGGAAGUUUUAUUUGGCGAGGCUAAUAUUUUGUUUUCUUUUUGUAUCAUUCCUGUCCAUUUACGUGUUGACGGCUGUCGUCAAGACUUGUAAGGGUAAAUAUGCUGAGAAGUAUGGUGUGCUAAACGAACUUUGUCAAAAGCAAUCUCUCUUAGGUUUGAUCCUUACUAAUAAUCCUAUAGAGUUUGAGAGAUGGGUUUUGAUGGCCAUCACAGCAUUCGAGAUACUUCGGAAGCUGACUGGUAUAACUGGGUAUUCAAGUUUCUAUCAAUACUUUACAACAUUCGAGAAUUUGAUGGAAUGGUUUGUCUUGCUGUCUGUGUUUUCUCUUUACAAAAUACAUAAUGAUUACAGCUGGCAGAACCAUGUGGGAGGGUAUGCGGUGUUAGGAGCUUGGACUAACUUGAUGCUAAUGAUGGGUCAACUUCCAAUGUUCGGGGAUUAUGUCGCCAUGUACCAAAAAGUUUUAACAGAGUUCUUAAAACUACUGCUGGCUUAUAUUUGCCUUCUCUUAGGCUUCACAAUCUGCUUCUGCGUUGUGUUUCCAAACGAGGAGAUGUUUUCGAACCCUUUGAUGGGUUUCAUCAGUACAUUAUCUAUGAUGGUAGGAGAGUUAAAUUUGAACAUCUUGAUCAAUGAUCCAACGAAAGAUGACCCGCCAUUGAUAUUCGAAUUAUCCUCACAGAUUAUUUUCAUCCUAUUCCUUAUGUUCGUCACUAUAAUUCUGAUGAACUUGCUCGUUGGUAUUGCUGUCCACGACAUUCAAGGUUUGCGUAAGACCGCUGGUCUCUCCAAAUUAGUCCGUCAGACCAAACUGAUCUUGUUUGUAGAAAUGGGUAUGUUCAGUGCUUGGCUUCCGAAAUGUCUUCACAAAUAUGUGUACAGAACUGCUCUGGUGUCACCAGAAGCAGGCAAAGUAAUUUUGAGUGUGAAACCUUUGAAUCCUAGAGAAAAGAGAUUGCCUACAGAUAUAAUGAUGGCUGCGUACGAAUUGGCGCAGUUGAAUAAAGUGAAAUCGGGGAGGUCUAUCAAAGAGAUUUUAUACAAAAACAAGUAUACAUCGAAAUUGAAGAAUGAGGGUCAAUUUGCUCCUGACCAUAACUUCAGUUUAGAGAUUAGAGGUAUGCAAGAGAAGAUAGAUCAGGCUACGUUUAAUAUGAAGAAGAUAGACCAAGAGAUACGGCAUUUGAACACACUGUUAAUGGAUCAACAGACUCUUUUACACAAUUUCUUUAAAAAUACUGAUAUUAUUCCAUAUAAAGCUCCUCACACGGCUACGCCUAUAUAUUCACCAGAGUCUCCAAUAUUUUUUACUAAUACAAGCCAAAGCCAGUAUUCAGAAAACAGUACUAAAUGAUAUUAGGUCGUAUGGUAAUUUAAAUGGAUAAAGAAAUUGAUACUUAUUCUCAUGAGCUUACAGUUCAAUGUUGAAUGUUUCUUUGAGUACAUGUUAUGUUAGGACUUAGUACGUGCUUUAGGAGUCUGAGAAGAAAAUUAUUGUAACAAACUUUGAGUUAAACAAGAAACCUCAAAAAUGCUUGUUAACUAACGUAGUCGUGAUUUAACUUGGUUGAUUUUUGUUUAUAAGUAUUUUAUAUGUCAAAUCUCAUAAAAUAUUGAACCGAUUUUGAUAAAUGUUUAAACACUCGUGAAGUCAUAUUUUUUGCUUAAAAUCUUACUUCAUUAAAAUUGUUUUCUUGAUUAUGUACGUAAAUACACACCUAUUAUUUUUUGAAAUCUAACAAAAAUUAGUCAGGGUAUUUUUUAUUACAGAUUAAGAAACAUUAAAAUGAGAUCUAUAAUUAAUUUUACAAUGUUAUGUAACUUCCGUGUAAUCUCAGUAUAAAAAUAAUUGUAAUUUGUAAUCAACCAAAACGAAUCUUAUUGUAAACAGAAGAUGUUCUCAAAAAACAAUAAAAUAUUCCGAAGUACUUCUUGAUAACAGUUAAUUUGUUUUACGAUAAAGUCUAUGUAUCAGAUUUAACAUCGCAACUACAGAACUACAUACCUAUCUGUACUUCUAAGAAAGGAUAGACAACCAGUAUGUUCUUCAAACAUUCAAUCAUCAUCAGCUAGUGUCUGCUGGUCUUUGGGCACCUUCUACAUAAAAGGUGUUUGACAAAAUUUCGUUGUUCGGGUCGGAGAUCGUAGUUUCAAAGCCUCUGGUAUAUUAAGGAGCCAUAAGUCGUGUUUGACCUAAUUUCCGUGCAUUUAGGUGUAGAUUAUUAUACGAACCUUGUAGAAUCUAAAUCAAAUUUCGGUGCGUUUAGGCGCUUUUGCCAUACUUAUUAUUGGAAGCAAGUAUAACAGCUCACACUUAGGCUGUCAACCUGGCCUCAGGAUUUGGCGUCUGGGCUCCUCCUCUCCUGCAGCAAUUCACCGAGGGAAAUGGAAACUAUCGUUUUUUUUUCUUCUCUUAUAAUAUCUAUAAUAUCUUCUGAUUCACUUCGUUGCCAAGACAGUAAUUCAUGUCCCUGGGAUGUGACAUCAGUGUUUUGGUGAUACUGUAGAUCCUGGCUUACAGGAGUUGCACCGGUUUUGGAGGUUGUGGCGAGUUUGUUCCUUAAAAAAAUAAUUUCCAUGCUUUGCAGGCAGUUCGGGAAUCAUAGUUUAAAUUCCUAUGGUUUAUAAAAGAGCGCCAGGGCCUAGUUUCUGUAAAAAGUGUAAUCUCUUACGAUAGCCGUGGGAACAAAAGUGCUGGUGAUAAUUAUUGUAUCUAACUUUUAAUCUGCCGUUUUGGCUGAUACUAUACAAAAAACGGCAGCUUCUUACUAUCGUACUUAUAUUAUAAAUGCGAAAUUUUGUGAGUUUGUGUUUGUCUGUUUGUCUGUAUGUUUUCUACUCAAUCACGUCA